CAAGACAAGCCCCAGUGGUGCAUGACAAAUUCAGGCAACAGAAGGCCAUGGACUGCGCAAUUGAGAGAAGUAAGAUACAAGUGCUGUAUGAUGCCUGUGAUGCUGUGUUCUCUCAGAAGGAGCUUCCAACUUUCCAACAGAUUCAGUGGCUGAAGAAUCUCCUAGACUUAAUGGAAGCCAUCGAUGUUGGGAUUGACGAAUUUAGCUUACACCAGUCUCCAUUUUCAAGCCCAAAGAUUACAAAAGGAUUGGUUUGCGGACAAGCAGUCUCUGAAAUAACUUAUAUUCACAUACAUGAAUGCGACAAUUUCUCUAUGGGAGUGUUUUGCUUCCCUGCAGGAAGAACAUUUCCCCUUCAUGAUCAUCCAAAUAUGACGGUUCUGAGCAAACUCCUCUAUGGUUCUGUUCAUGUUAAAGCUUAUGACUGGGUGAAAGCAGAGAAUUCCAGCUGCAGAACAAUUGGACUAGCUGGAAUUGUGACAAACAGCAUCUUCAACGCACCACACGAGCCAUCCAUCUUAUUCCCACGGAGCGGUGGAAACAUUCAUUCCUUCACAGCACUCACUCCUUGUGCCAUCUUGGAUGUGUUGGCUCCGCCAUACAGUGAGGAGUUUGGAAGGCCUUCCACUUACUUUAAUGACAUGCCAAUUCCAACGCUUCCUGGUUACGUCAUACUUGAGGAAAGAGAUUUGCCAGAUGAUCUAGUGGUCACUAGAGCACCAUAUCUUGGCCCUUCCAUUGUCGCUGCUGGGGAUGAGCUCAUGACUUGUUCAUAGAAUGUUCAGCUUAUUCUGUCGGGUGUAUAUGUAUAUAUUUAUAGCAAUACAGGAUCCUCUGAGAUUGAUUUAACAGAUUCAGAAAUUACAAUCUCAGCAGCUACCCUUUCAUAUGGUGAAAAAAAAAUGUUACAAUCAGGUUUAUAUGUAUACCGUUCAUUGCCAACCAUAUUCAUAAACAAAUUAUAUAAUUUAGAUUUUUUUUUC